AUGGAACCGGUAGCUCAGUACCUGACUCUGAUUGUUCAACAAACCGAACAAGUUCAAGCUCUUGCUAAAUCGGCGUCUGAGACCAUCGCUAGCCCUCAAUCAGAUGAACCUAACCGGGUUACUACUCAGCAAGAAUCAUCUCUACCGGCCCAGUAUGAGAACUAUCUCAGAGACGGCGAAGGACUCCAACUGUACGUCCCCUUGCAUUGCAGAUUUCGCGGGGAUAUCGUGAUACAGGAGCGCGGAUACGCCCGAGAGUAUGCGCUAUUAGCAUCCGGGCUGCGACCUGCGCGAGAAUUUCAGGACUCGUGUGUUUUCUGGGUAGACAGCUCCUUUGCAAGGACUCAUCCUCAGACUUCAGCUAACCCAACCAAAAGAAUCUCUGCUGCGGCUGCUGUGGUGUACAAGAGAUGGCCUAACAAGAAAGAAUGGAAGUUUAGAGCUUUCGGUCUUGCACGAGUCCACUCGUCUAACUCAGCCGAGCUCUUCGCAAUCAAAGCAGCGCUCGACGUGGCUGCGGAGAUUGCCCAAAAGCGCAACCAUUGGAGGAAAAUGACAAUCUUCAGUGAUUCUCAAGCAGCAUUGACGGAGAUUUCGAAGUUUCCCUAUGCGACAAGAACUGCAGAAAAUAUAGUAUCGUCAUUCAUCAAAGCAGCAUUGCUGCUAUACAAACUGGGUAUUCGGCUUGAGGUGCGGUGGGUUCCAGGGCACAACAGCGUCCCAGGAAAUGUGGCAGCUGAUUCACUGGCCAAAAGAGCUCGGAAAUCUAUCGCGAUAUUACCUCUCAAUUUCACGUUCGAGCAGGAGGCAUUGUUCCCCUUGCCAUAA